UGAACCGUUUUGAUCUUUCUUGAUCAAUGACAGGUAAGAAGAACAAGCUCCGUGUGUACUAUCUGUCCUGGCUGAGGAACAAGAUCCUGCACAAUGACCCUGAGGUGGAGAAGAAACAGGGUUGGACCACCGUCGGAGACCUGGAGGGCUGUGUUCACUACAAAGUUGUGAAAUAUGAGAGGAUCAAAUUCUUGGUUCUGGCUCUGAAGAACUCGGUGGAGGUCUACGCCUGGGCACCCAAGCCCUACCACAAGUUCAUGGCCUUCAAGUCUUUCGGUGACCUGGUGCACAAGCCGCUGCUGGUCGACCUCACCGUGGAGGAAGGCCAGAGGUUAAAGGUCAUCUACGGCUCAUUUUCAGGCUUCCAUGCCGUGGAUGUCGACUCUGGCGCUGUCUACGACAUCUACCUGCCCACACACAUCCAGACCAGUAUCCAGUCUCACGCCAUCAUCAUCCUGCCCAACACUGACGGCAUCGAGCUACUGGUGUGCUACGAGGACGAGGGCGUUUACGUCAACACCUAUGGACGCAUCACCAAGGACGUGGUGCUGCAGUGGGGGGAGAUGCCAACCUCAGUGGCAUACAUUCGUUCCAACCAGAUCAUGGGUUGGGGAGAGAAGGCCAUAGAGAUCCGCUCGGUGGAGACUGGCCAUCUGGACGGUGUCUUCAUGCACAAGAGAGCCCAGAGACUUAAGUUCCUCUGUGAAAGAAAUGACAAGGUGUUCUUCGCCUCCGUUCGGUCUGGAGGCUCCAGCCAGGUCUACUUUAUGACUCUGGGCCGAAGCAACCUGCUCAGCUGGUAGAGGUCCGCACCCUGCCCUCUUCCUCCUCCUCCUCAUCUUCCUCAUUGUCCUCCACCCUCACUAACACUGGAUCUCAGAACCCACCGUCGAUGUCUUGUCAGCACUCGGACAACCAAAAGAGAACAAAACCAACAACCAACCAGCCCUUUUGAAGCAGUCGACAACAAUGACGUCACCUUUCCCCUGGAGCUGCAGCCCUGCUGCGUCACGGCUCCGGGGCCGCCUGUGACACAACCGGUCAAGUCACGCAGUCGUCGCCCACUGAAAUACCCAAAGUGACGACUUGCACACAAAAUAAAAUCAAUGAUUAAUUAAUAUAUGAAAGAAAGUAGAAAUAAAUGUGAAUUUAAGAAAAGGGGGAAAACGACUUUAUGUUUCCCUCUCCGUUUUUCUUGGUGCUCAUCAGAUUGUGAUGGGAUAGAUUUUGUACCUCUGCAUCAUUUCUGUGCUCCUGGGCUGGUCAGUAAGCUUGAGGUCUUCUAACUACUAGUACUGCUACCACUAUUAUUACUACUACUGCUACUACCUUCUGCAGGUCCGCCUCUUGUAAGAGAGUUCCCCCUCUGCCCGGUGUUCCUGCCCUCCGCCCUUUGUAAUGAGAGUUUCAUGGGGGCCAAUGGGGUGGAAGUCUGUUGUAUUAAUGCUACAGUAGUGAGUGUAAAUGUACUUCUGUUUGGUCCAACUACUGCUGACAUGCUGGUUAGAGAUUGAGACUGUCAGUCAGGGGUAAAUUGUAAGACCCCGGAGCCAGUGGGGCUCGUCACGGUGAUAAGCAGGUGAGAGGGGCCUAAUAUUUGAGGUUCUACUGUAAGUCUGAUUGGACUCGGCAGGAGGGGUGUGUAUGUGUGUUGUUGAAGUAUUGUGUUGUUCGGACAGGUGCUUUAAAAAAGGGGAUACGGAGAGAGAAAGAAACGUUGAAGCAGAUGGAUUUCAGAAUAGUAUUUUUUGAAUUAUUACUAUUAUUAUUCCUUGAAGAUAAGUGUAACUAUGUGGAGUAAAACAUGUCUUUUACCUUGUUUUUUAAGAUUUACGCACAUCCACCCACAGUUUGCUUGCUUUUACUCUGAACCCACAGAAGUGCAAGGUAUGUUUGUCUAAGAAGAAAGUGAUGUGGGUGUGGUCCAAAAAAUAAAGUAAAAUAAAAUAAAAUAAAGUGUCUAUGUACAAUAAAAGUUCAUUUAAUCUUCCAGAUCAGUGGUCAGUGUUUUUCCCCCACCGGUCAAACAAGACGACAUAAACUCAUCUCUGGUAGGGCUGUUAGCCGAUGUCUCUCAACUCGAGAAACUUGAACUGCUGUGAAUAGUCAGAUAUAAAAUGAAAAAAAUAAAUAAAGAUGAUAACGGAGGGAUAAAGUAGAAGAGAAAGUUAGGUAUGUGUGUGCUUGUGCGGUCGGAGAGUUCGAACGAAUUGGAUUUUCGUGGCAGAGAGGUAAACGCAUGGUCAGCAAGUUUGUUUCAGCAGAGGAGUUCUUUCUGGAAGCCAGUUUUCUAUCUUCCAUUUCGUUCUUUCAAAUCACUUUAAUUUUUUGUUCCUAUCAUUUGUAUGAAUGCAAUGCACUAAGUGUCAAGAAUGUAGAAAGACAUAUUACUGUGUGGUGGUCCAAGGCAUGAGAUGAUGUUUUUGCUUUGUAUCUUGUCACAAGUGAUCAAUCCUAGAUGUUCAAUUUUCAAGUUAAAACGAUUGAAAGCAACAGCGGAGCCUCUACGUCAGGUGUAGAUAUUUUCCAAGGAGGGCCAUUCUGUAUUUGUUUUGAAACCUUUUCCACAGCAGUGAGAAUCUGUGCGGGAGCAAACAAGAGUGCAUCAGAGCUGAGGAGGGCUGUUUGGCGUCCUACGAGUCCUGCUCGUGCACGUCAGGCACUCUUUCCAAUCAAAUGGGGACCUGAACCUCAUCCUCAUCAAUUCUACACUCAGACUCUGAAUGUCAGCGUUACUGUGAUGAAGUGUCACAAAACAGGCAACACGGAGCAGAACUUUUCCUCACUCGGCUGUUUGUGAAGAACCUGAAGACGGAAACCCACUUUUUCGGGAAGGAAUUGUUUUCUCUAUUUCGUGCCCCCCACUUCUUGCUCCAGCUGUUAUUUAAGUUGUCUGUAUAUGUGAAAGACUGAGCAGCAAACUGCAGCAUCAAUCUCCUUUUAGGCCAUUGGCUGAGCUGGAUUUUCCUCCGUUUCCACAGCGACUCUGACAGAUUGCACAUUGUUCACAAAAAGGGGCAAAGGAGAGUCCAAUUUGUGCUUUCAUUUCAUGUUUAAACAUGGCCUCAUCAGGUCACGAACAAGUUAGCCUUGGGUGUGUUUUUCCCCUGACGAUAAUUACACACACAAGCAGUGUUUUGACACGUGAAAAGGUUACUGCCAGUCACUCAGUAACACUUUCUAACUUUUCCUUCCCUUGUGCAGAAAACAAGCUGUUUGGACCCCAUUGCUGUGUUGUCUGAGGUCUGUGUGUGCAGUAGUACCCGGUGUGUGUCUCUUAUUACAUCAAGGCCUUGAUGAGUGGCUGUAUUGACUUCAUGAAAAAAUUGUGAUCAUUGAUAUUCUUUAUGGGCUAAAAAAAAGGACGAGAUGAUAUAAGUCUAUAUAUCGGAUGAGAAAAACUAGUCGCUUGCCAACUCACAUUGGAAAAAGUGCCAAGAGGGCAGCAUUUAAAACGUGGGAACCUAUUGUUAUGAAAACCACUACUUGGAAAUCCUUUAAAAAAAAACAAAAAAAAAAAAUCACUUGAAGCAUUGUGUAUUCUUAAGUUUUAGCGCUAGUCAAGAAGCUUAAUAGUUUCUGUUGUUUCUGUAAGUCUAUGUACACGUAAAUAUGCGACUGCGGUGGUUUAAUAUUAUUACGCUCACCUUAGGUGGAGAAAAUGUUUACAGAGGCAAUGUUUUGUUACACUAAUGUGCAUCACGGUAUUUAUGUUUAAUGCAUAUGCGUCUUGGUUCUUUAAUUGUUUGUUUUUGCUUUUUGAGCCCAGUUUUUAUUGGAUAUUUUCAUUUGUCUGUCAUCUCCCUCUACCCCACUAAAUAACCUACUUACAAAACAAUAAAGAACACACGUGUUGUUCAUUUCAGGUAUUCGCAUAGCGCUGCUUUAAACGUGGAAACAUUGCAGUUACGUUCCCUACAGGCUUGGACGUGAGGCGACGUGUUUUUCCUCUGCUGUUUCUGCCAUGCUACUCUAACUUAUGUCCUCUCUGUGUAUGACAGGAAGUCAUGUAUUUUCCUGAAUUUUUUUUUUCUUUGAAUAAACUUUAAAAGUAAUUUUAAAA